AUGAUGAACAAUCUUAAGCUUGGUGUUGAGGUUACCAGUGCUCAUGAUCUCCUCCCAAAAGAGCAGGGCACAGCCAAUCCUUUUGUUGAGGUCGAGUUUGAUGGCCAAAAGUUCCGCACAGCCAUCAAAGACAGGGACAUCAACCCUGUCUGGAACGAGCAGUUCUACUUCAAUAUAUCUGAUCCAUCCCGCCUCCCAGAGCUACACCUUGAGGCCUAUGUGUACCAUGCAGACCGUGCCAGUAAUUCCAAGGCCUGCCUAGGCAAGGUUCGCAUAUCGGGUACAUCCUUUGUCAGCCAACCUGAUGCUACGCCCUGCACUACCCCUGGAGAAGCGCACAAUCUUAUAUCACGCAUGCGUGGUGAGCUUGGGCUAAGAGUCUUCCUCACAGAUGAUCCAUCAGUAAGGGUGUCUGCACCAGGUCACCAGGAAUUUGAUAUGUUAAGCACGCCUACCACUGCACAGGAGCAGGCAGCAGCCAGCUCCAUUCCAAAUCCUUUCCAAGAGACCAGAGCAAAUCCAGUGAGACAAUUCCAGCACUUACCAAGAGAACAGCAGCGUCCUGCACAGCCAUACUACGCUGAAGGUUCAUACGGAGACCAGCAACAGAGAAGCUUUUCUGCAGUUGGGAAUAAAGCUGCAGCCCCUCAGCCUCAGGUUCAGGUAUCAAGGAUGUAUGCUCCAGGUCCACAGCAACCUAUAGAUUUCCAACUAAAGGAAACAAGCCCAACGCUUGGUGGUGGCCGUGUUAUUGGUGGCCGGGUGUACCCUGGUGAGAAGGCUGGGGCAUACGACCUUGUUGAGAAGAUGCAGUACCUCUUUGUGCGUGUGGUCAAAGCCCGCGACCUGCCCAACAUGGACAUCACUGGAAGUCUUGAUCCUUAUGUGGAGGUGCACCUUGGGAACUACAAAAUGAAAACAAAGUACUUUGAGAAGAACCAGAGGCCCGAGUGGGAUGAGGUGUUCGCAUUCCCUAAGGAAGUCAUGCAGUCAACGAUGCUUGAAGUUGUUGUGAAGGACAAGGAUGUCCUUAGGGAUGACUAUGUCGGUCGAGUGAGUAUUGACCUGAAUGAGGUCCCUCUAAGGGUCCCUCCAGACAGUCCAUUGGCACCAGAGUGGUAUCGUCUUAUGGGCAAGGAUGGCAUGAGGGACAGAGGGGAGUUGAUGCUUGCAGUCUGGUAUGGUACUCAAGCAGAUGAAUGCUUCCCAAGCGCCAUUCAUGCAGGGUCAACACCAGUUGAAUCCCAUCUUCACAAUUAUAUCCGUGGGAAGGUCUACCCUGCGCCAAGAAUGUGGUAUGUGAGAGUCAAUGUAAUUGAGGCACAUGAUAUAUACCCAAUGGAGAACCACAUACCUGAUGUACUGGUAAAAGUGAGGCUGGGCCAUCAAUUGUUGAAGACAAGGCAAGUUCGCUCACCAACCAGAAACUUCAUGUGGAAUGAGGAGCUGAUGUUUGUUGCAGCAGAGCCUUUUGAGGACGACUUGAUCAUAUCAGUAGAAGACCGUGUAGCACAAAACAAAGAUGAGGUGAUUGGUGAAGCUAUCAUACCACUCGCAAGGCUUCCAAGGCGGGCUGAUCACAAGCCGGUACGGCCAGCAUGGUUUGAUCUAAGAAGGCCAGGAAUAAUUGAUGUGAACCAGCUAAAGGAAGACAAGUUCUAUGCAAAGGUAAACCUUCGUGUUUGCCUUGAAGGUGGUUAUCAUGUGCUUGAUGAGUCCACACAAUAUUGCAGUGAUCUCCGUCCAACAAUGAAGCAGUUGUGGAAGCCACCAAUUGGCAUGCUUGAAGUUGGCAUUUUAAGUGCAAAUGGUCUCAAUCCAACAAAAAACCAGAAACGACCGUGGGUCGUGUGA